AUGUCCAAAGUAGGCACGGAUAGUCUUUUGGUCUUCGAGCAACAUCUGCAGAGGGUCCCGCACGAACAACUUCGAAAGGCGUUCAGGACAGCUCAACGCCUCCUCGAAAAGGAUGUUGCGGCCUUUGCACCUCUCACAAGGGAUGGAAAUAUGAAUGCAGAGGAAUUUUCCUCCUCAAUAGAAUCAAUGAUUUUAAGGAUCGAAAGCUUGAAGAGGAAGUUAGCUGACUUGCACCAUAAUACAGUAAUGCCAUUGGAACAUUCUCUACGACGUAGAACCAAAGAGUUAGCGGCUUUUGAGAGUGUCACCCACACUUCGGACGCUCGAUAUGGUCAAUGGAUUGACACUAGAAUGAAUCGCUGGCUCGUUGAUUGGAUGUUACGACAGGGCGACGUUGACUCUGCAAAGAAGCUGGCUGAGUCGAAGGGAAUACAGACGCUUGUUGAUAUUGAUUUGUUCGCCGAGAUCAGGCGAAUCAGAAGAGCCCUUGAGCGUCACAGUUGUCUGGAGGCGUUAGCAUGGUGCAAUGAAAACAAAGUUUCUCUACGCAAAAUCAAGAGUAACUUAGAGUUCGAACUUCGCCUCCAGGAAUUCAUUGAACUAGUGAGGGAAGGGAAGUCAAUUCCAGCGAUUGCUUAUUGCAAAAAGCACCUCACACAAUGGCACGAUACGCAUACGCAGCAGUUCCGACAGGCUAUGGCGCUGCUCGCCUUUAGGGCUCCCUCAGAAACGUGCGCGCCUGAAGCUGUCCCGAAGUGCGUCUCGCCGAAAGUCGGUGCGAGCCUUAAUCGCUCCUCGUACAGGAAGCUGUACUCACCAGACAGAUGGACGAUGCUCUCCGAAACAUUCACUGACACUGCUUACGCGUUGACCGCGCUUCCCGCCUCAUCACCAUUGCUGCUUUCGCUGUUCGCGGGCCUCGUUGCGCUCAAGCAUCCAACAUGUCUCGCCCAAGGCAGCCCUCCCCCAAAUGCCCUCCCCUAUCCAUCUUCCACAGUAUCGAUAAAGGGCACAACCUUUCCCGCUCCGACUCCAAUGCCUUUCCCAUUUUCUGGACCUCCCCAUAUGAAUGUAGAACCUUCCCAGCCUCCUUCACCCAACGUGGACUGCCCACUCUGUGAUCCUCUUGGUUUGGGUGUACUUGCCCAUCUGGUACCCUCUGCUAAUCACCUUAACUCGACGCUUGUGUGCUACAUUAGCGGAAAAGUUAUGGAUGAUCGGAACCCACCCAUGGCAUUACGGAAUGGUUAUGCUUUAGAGGAGAUGGCCGCCAAGAAUGAUGGUCGUGUUACAUGCCCUCGAAGCGGACUCUCUGCACCAUUCUCUGAAUUACGGAAAGUUUUCAUCUCCUAA